GUAGGGUCAGCUUGAGAGAUCUUCUCCUGUUGGACCAGGACCGGAAGGUUCCUGGAAGUCGCAUUGGGUGUUUGGGGAAGAGGGGUGGAGCCAUGCAGCCCAAUGUUGGUACACACUGUAAAAUCUCUGCAUGCUGCCACCAUGAAUCCUCCCCUCCCCUUGCUCUCUCGCUGAUGUCGCCCCAUGCUUCUCUCAAAAGCGGAGAUAUCAGCCUGCGUCCUCUAGAACCGAGCGUGUUGUUCUAGAGAAAUCGACCGAAGAAAGAAGCUCCGGACGUUUGCAAGUAUUAAGCUCUGUAGAUUGAGACAAGGGAGGAUCCGCGGCUGCCAAGGACAAAAGAUCACGAGGACCCCAGGCUCAAAUAAUUAUUUGGCCUGAUUGACCCGCUCCCUAAGAAGACACCCUGGAUCCUAGCAUGACCAAAGCUGAAAUGGGCAAGCUGAACAGCACGCGAGAGGAGGACAGCAGCAGCUACAGCUCCAACAGCAACGACUUCAGCUAUCACUACCCCACAAAAUCAGCUGCAAUGAAGAGCCAUUAUGUAGAUAUGGAUCCAGAAAACCAAAACUUUUUACUUGAAUCCAACCAAGGGAAGAAGAAAUAUGAAACUGAAUAUCAUCCAGGUACAACUUCCUUUGGAAUGUCAGUAUUUAACCUCAGCAAUGCUAUUGUGGGCAGUGGCAUCCUUGGACUUUCUUAUGCCAUGGCAAACACAGGAAUUGCUCUCUUUGUAAUUCUCUUAGUCUUCGUGUCAAUAUUUUCUCUAUAUUCCGUUCAUCUUCUUUUGAAGACUUCCAAUGAAGGAGGAUCUUUAUUAUAUGAACAAUUGGGAAUGAAAGCAUUUGGCAUGCCUGGAAAACUUGCAGCAUCUGGAUCAAUUACAAUGCAGAACAUUGGAGCUAUGUCAAGCUACCUCUACAUCGUGAAAUAUGAGUUACCAUUGGUCAUUAAAGCAUUUUUGAACAUUGAAGAGCAUUCAGGAGAAUGGUAUUGGUAUACUAAUGGCGAUUAUUUGGUUAUAUUAGUAUCCUUGGUGCUCAUUCUUCCUUUAUCAUUGUUAAAAUCUUUAGGUUAUCUAGGCUACACCAGUGGAUUUUCCUUAUUGUGCAUGGUCUUCUUCCUUAUUGUGGUCAUUUGCAAGAAAUUUCAAAUUCCUUGUGGAGCAGAACAUGAUCUAAUUAAUGCAACUCUGAACAUUACCAUGGAGCAAUUGUUGAUUGCAAAUGAAACAAAUAUUAAUGGAACGUAUGAUUCCUGUGUAACAAAAUAUUUUAUCUUCAACUCAAAGACUGUCUAUGCUGUACCAAUCCUGACAUUUUCUUUUGUCUGUCAUCCUGCUAUUCUCCCUAUUUAUGAAGAACUGAAAGGCCGAACACGCAGAAGAAUGAUGAAAGUAUCCAAUGUUUCAUUUUUUGCUAUGUUCCUCAUGUAUCUUUUGGCUGCUCUCUUUGGAUACUUGACAUUUUAUGGAAAGGUGGAAGCUGAAUUGCUCCAUACUUAUUCAGAAGUACUUGGGACUGAUAAUCUCCUUCUAAUUGUGCGCUUAGCAGUCUUGAUGGCAGUCAUUCUUACUGUUCCAGUUGUGAUUUUUCCAAUCCGCAGUUCCAUCACACAAUUACUGUGUGCAGGCAAAGAAUUUAGUUGGAUGCGUCAUUGUAUUAUUACAGGAGCUAUUUUGGUAUGCACCAACGUUCUCGUCAUUUUUGUUCCCACAAUUCGAGACAUAUUUGGAUUCAUUGGUGCCUCUGCUGCCGCCAUGCUAAUCUUUAUACUUCCAUCAGCUUUCUACAUUAAGCUUGUGAAAAAAGAAUCCAUGCAAUCGGUGCAAAAAUUGGGGUAAAUCAAUUUAGGCAGUUCACAAAAGUUACAAUUCACAAAAGUUGCAGUUGCCUUUGGAUACAAACUUAAAGAUGGGUUCACAGUUCAUAUUAAGUCAUGAUUUGUAUUGAUUAAAGUUUAUUGAACAUGCCAUAAUAUCUAGUUCCACAUAUUAUUAUAAGCCAAAACCAGGUAAGUACAAAUUAUGCAUCAUAUAAUAAGAUGCAGUAUUUCCAGAAGUAUAUUACCCAGUUCUUGGUAUAUGAAUAUAUAUAACUCUAAUACUGGACAUGUUUCAUCACUUGGAAUUUGAAAUAAACAUCUAGUGAUAAAUAUUAUUAAUAUGGGCAUGUUAAUAAAAGUGAUGUGGACACAUUUUCAA